CACGAGACGAAGCAAGGAGUGAAGCAAUGGAGACCCCAGCCCUUCUCACACUCCUCACACUUCUCACGCUGGUGCUGUCUCUCGGCCUGUAUCAUGGCGGCUUCAUCCGCUCUGGUCCAUCAGGAGCACUGCCACUCCCACCGGGUCCGGGUCUCGUGGCCGGACUGACAGCCCUCAUCCAGCAACGAGAUCUCGCUCCAACCUUCCAUGCAUGGAGCCAGGCCUACGGCCCGGUGGUACAUUUCAAGAUCGGCACACGAUCCUUCAUCAUCCUGGGCACUCGCCAGGUGGCACAGGAAUUGCUCGAGAAACGCGCCAGCAUUUACAGCUCGCGGCCCCCGUCCGUGUGGCUGGACAAAUACCUCCACCAAGGGCUGGCGGCUGCCUUCAUGCCGUACGGACACGAAUGGCGCCUCAAUCGCCGGCUGCACAUGUCGCUGCUCAACUACCAAUGCACCAACGCUUACCGGCGUCUGCAGGAUAUCCAAAGUAAGCAGCUGAUGCACUCAUUCCUCCCACCCGCGGACAGCAGCAACAGCACCACCCCCAAGUUCUCGGACCUCUUCUACCAAUACACCGCCAAUGUCAUGUUCACCCUCGUCUACGGCAAGGGCCAGGGCCGCUCCGACACCGACCACACGCGCCUGGAACAGAUCAACGAGAUGGCCGUCUUCAUUCUCCAGGCCGCCGCCUUCUGGACCAACCUGCUCGACCUAUUCCCCAUCCUGGACCGCCUCAUCCCCGCCCGUCGCUUCCUCACCUGGCGCACCAAAGCCAGUGCCCUGCACGAGCAGACCAAAGCCGUCUACCAGGAGUGCACCGACGGCGCUCUUAGCGCUCCCUGCUGGAAUUGGAGCCACGAGAUCACCACCAAGUCCGACCUCGUGGCCUCUCUCCCGUGGGAGCACAUCUGCUACUCGCUGGGCGAGCUGUACGUGGCGGGCAUCCACACCACCAAGAUGGUGUUGGAGAAUUUCGUCCUUGCCAGCCUGCUUCAUCCGGCGACCGUCAAACAGGCGCAGCACGAGCUCGAUGCUGUGGUCGGCGCCUCACGGCUCCCCACCUUUGCCGACAUCCCGGCCCUGCCCUACCUCGAUGCGGUCAUCUCCGAACUCCUGCGCUGGCGGCCCAUCUCCCCGAUUGGAGUGCCGCAUGCGGUCAUCCAGGAGGACGAGUAUCUGGGGUAUCGGAUUCCGAAGGGUGCGACGGUCAUCGCGAAUCAGUGGGGGUUCAAUAUGGACGAGGAGGUGUUUGAGGAGCCGCAGGCCUUCCAGCCCCAGCGGUAUGUCGAGGACCCUGGGCUGCCGGUUUCGGCGUUUGGGUUUGGGAGGAGGUUGUGUCCGGGCUACCGACUGGCGCGAGCCUCGUUGUUCAUUGUGGUGGCGAGGCUGCUGUGGGGGUUCGACAUUCUAAGAGAUGAGGGUGGGGAGGAGGAUGAGGAUUCGCCUUUGUCAAGGGACUCGGAUCCGGGUUCUGUUAAGGCGAAGUUCUGCCUGCGAAGUGAAGACAGGAAGACGAUCAUUGAGAAAGAGUGGGAAGUAGAGGAGAAGGAUGAGAGGGUGAUCCUGGAAGAAGUGAGGGCACGGAUGGUGGGGGGAUCAUGACCACAUCCCGCGGGAGUAUGUUCAUGUCUGUCCCAACCAAUACGUGUGCUUUUAUGG